UGUGUGUCUGUCUGUGUGUCUCUCUGUGUGUGUCUGUGUGUCUCUCUGUGUGUGUGUGUGUCUGUGUGUGUGUGCGUGUGUGUGUGUCUGUGUGUCGGUGUGUGUGUGUGUGUAGAGAACCAGCGUUGCGUAUGAGUCUGUGUGUUGUUGAGUCUCAUCUGGCCCUGCGGCUGCAGAACUCAGUGAUCCAGAACAAGUGAAAACCUGAUUCUGAUUCUGGAUUGACGCCCGCUCUGCUCUGACAUUUAGAAUAUAAUAGUGUGAAGGGUUGGGCCGUCCUGCCCCAACCUGUCAGCAUCUAAAGGUUAAGCACAUUAAACCUGAACUCCAUCCAGUCCCGACACACCCGCGAUAGAAGCAGACACAGCUGAGGGCUCCUCGUCGGACUGGGUCACAUCUAGAACCGCUCCUCGUCGGACCGGGUCACAUCUAGAACCGCAGCGGUGAUUAAAGCUGCGUCUGCGUCUCUGCAGAGAGGAAGCCGUCGUGUGUGAGACGAGUCCAGGCGAGCGGUGAGAUGACGCCGUGGCAGCUUCUACGUGCGGGCAGAGCGAGCCGGGCCGGUCCGGGUCACCGUGGAGUCCUGGUCCAUUACGGCACGGCUCCGGUUCCAGACAGCAUCAGGAGAGAGAAGAUGACCCUGCAGCAGCUCAACGGGAGGCUGGCCUCGUACCUGCAGCAGGUUGAGUGUCUGGAGACGGCCAAUCAGAGGCUGGAGCGUCAGAUCCAGGAGGAGCUGGACAGGAAGUGUCCCAGAGAGCUGAGACGGUUGGACGGACGCCUGAGGACAGCGUCCCUGCUGCGUGACCAGAUCAGUGAGUGUCUCUCGGACCAGGCUCAGGUGAAGCUGCAGCUGCUCAGUGCAGAACUCGCCGUCUUGGACCUCUCUGUCAGGUGUGAAAGGGAGCUUGAGCGUCGGGGAGGUGUGGAGGCGGAGCUUAGUGACCUGAGGCUGCUGGAGGAGGUGCUGAAGGUCCACAUACUGCCGGAGCUCCAGACUCUGAUGAACCAUCAAACACAGCGACUGAUGGAGCUGCAGAUACGACACCGACAGGACACGCAGGGUCUCCUGGCCCAGGUGUCAGGGGGCGUCGCCGUGGAGAUGCAGAGUGCUGGGUCCUCAGACCUGGUCCAGCAGCUGGACGACCUGAGACGGACGAGUGUGACGCUGCUCAACCAGAACCAGAACCAGAACCAGAACCAGAACCAGUGCUGGUUCAAUGCCCAGGGGUCCAUGUUGACUUCCCCACCGGUGACCUUUGACCCUCCAGCGGGGUCAGAGGUCAUCCAGACCGAGCUGGAGGAGAUGAGGAGAACAACAGCGACUCUGGAGGAGGAGCUGAACCACCUGCGGGAUCAGAACCUGGUGUUGGAGACUGCUGGUCUGGAGCAGACCGAGUCCUUCAUCCAGCAGCUGGUGGUCCUGCAGCAGAGAGCAGACGGUCUGUGCAGAGACCUGGACUCAGUGCUGCUGUCUGCAGCUCAGCAGACUGAAGACCACCAGGUCCUGCUGGACGCCAAGAGCCGACUGGAGACCCAGAUACAGGACUACAGGAGGCUGCUGGAUGGACUGAGACCACAGGGGUUCGCAGGUCUUCAGCCGGCGGCUAACGUCACAUCUUUCUGUGCUCCGACCAGACCGUCUGCCUUCAGGAGAAACAUCACAGCGAACAUCACAACCCGCGUUCAGGGAGGAAAUCUCAGGAUGACGACGGGUGUCUCUAGAAGCCACGUCGGCACUAUCAGACAAACGCCUGUAAUGGCCACGCUCUCAGAACCAGUGACCACAGUCCAGUCCAUCAGGGUCCACAGCAAACAGCCAAAGAACUCACCAGUGAGAUCCAUCAACACCUCAAAUCUGACCGGCUCAUUUCACAAGGCUGAAAACCAGAGAACAGGAGCUGUGAAGGAAUCAGUGACUGUCAGUGCGCUGAUCAACAGGCAGAGCAGUCCUGUGGAGGAUAAAGUCCACACUAGAGAUUGUGAUAUGCUGAGCUCAUCGAUGGAUAGGAUUCAGAUGAGUUUAAAAGAAGGAGCUGUUGUCAAGGAGAUUAAUUCUGCACAAGGAAUCACCACAUUGGUUCCUGACACACAAUCUGCCAGGAGUGCUGCUGCUCAGGCAAAACCACAACGUUUUACCGCCAAACAAACUACCACAGAAGCUGGUUUACAGGUUACUAAAACAGAAACAAACAUUCAAACAGAGAUCACCAAAACCAGUCUUUGUGCAGAACAAGGACCACAUCUUGUAACACACACAACAACAACAACUGAAACCAGCAAAGGAACUGCUGCAGAGGUAAAGAAAGAGACAGAAGCUGAAAUGGAAAUGGACUUCACUGAGGUCUCCGUCCAGGCUAAGAACCAGGAUCCUGCACAGGUUGUGUCUUUGAGUUUGGAGACUCCAGCAGAAGCUGUCUUGGAUGCAGGAGAAGGUGCCGUUACAGCGUCCAUUGUCUCUGAAUCUCUUCUUAGGUUUGCGGAGGCUCAGGGGAAGGUCUCUGGUGAGUCGACCCAGAUCAAGGACAAGGACAUAGAUAGAGAAGGAAAGAAGGGAGAAGACGUAGAAGAAGGUACGUUGUCCAAUGAAUCCGAUAGCGAACCAAACAAAGUGAUGUUGGAUGCUGAUAUGAAGUCCGGUGUUGCAGCAGCUUCAUCCAGUAACCCAGACAACCUCGAAAUUAAAACUGCAAGUACAGAGAUUUUGAAGAAAGUUGAAUUAGAAGUGAACGAAGGGAAGGUUAUCGAUGGUUGCCAUGAUACCAACGGGGUGAAGGUGGACCCUACCGAGUCAGACAAUGAGAUCAUUCAUCUAGCAGGUCAAGAAGAACUGAUGAGUACCACAAAGUCACAGAAGUCUGUAAGUCUCACAGAUUCUGGUGUGGCUUUGAGUUCUUCUGACCAUGAAGACAUUUUGAGUCCAAGUGAAGCUCAUGUAUUCAUGAGCCCAACGAAGGAGUCCACAUGCUCGAAUCCAGAAACAUGUCUGAGCCCGCUGGAGACGGAGGUGGAGACGGAGGUGGAGACGGAGGUGAAGACGGAGCUGGAGACGGAGGUGGAGACGAAGGUUGAGACGGAGGUGGAGACGAAGGUGGAGACGGAGGUGGAGACGGAGGUGCAGACGGAGGUGGAGACGGAGGUGGAGACGGAGAUGGAGACGGAGGUGGAGACGGUGGUGGAGAUGGAGCUGGAGACGGAGCUGGAGACGGAGGUGGAGACGAAGGUGGAGACGGAGGUGGGGACGGAGGUGGGGACGGAGGUGGAGAUGGAGAUGGAGAUGGAGAUGGAGCUGGAGAUGGAGGUGGAGACGGAGGUGUUAAUGAGCAUGACGGAUCAAGUGUUUCGCCCGGUUGAUCCAGAGGAGCGUGUUCGAAGUCCUGAUUCUCUUCUGAGUCCAAAUGACCCAGAAAUGUUUCUCAGUCCAAAAGACUGUUUGAGUCCAGUGGAGGCUAAAGGGUGUCUGAGUCCAAACGGUGAAGAAGAGGACGAGGAAGUAUGCCUGAAUCUAACUGAGGCAAACGCACACGUGAGACCAGUGGAGAAAUACAUCCUCUCUACUAAAGAGGAAGGCCGGUCGCUGUCUUUCAGCAGAGGUCCAGCUCUGCCGGAGGAGGACAGAAAAAGGAAAGUCAACAUUUCAGAGAGAGAUGGGGACAGUUUGUGUUUUGGAUCAUUUGAAGGUAACAAAAGAAGUCGAGGUACUCUGAAUGGUACAAACAUAAGUUCUGGAUCAACCGGUGGAGGGAUCGGCCUUCAGCUGAGCGGCGGUCUCGGAGGCUCGGAGUUCGGAGGGCGUAGUAUUAUAGCAGAGAAAGAGGAACAGCUUGGUUUCAGAGGCCUGUAUCGGAGAAGUCCCAGAGACAGUCAACAAGUGUCUGUUAAGUCAGCUAGCUUUGGAAGUGUCCCUGCCAAUGGAGGAACUACCUUUAGCGGUGUGGCUAGUAAUUCAGGAGGUAGAGGUAUGGCUAGUGAUCUGGCAACUAGUCUUGGUGGUAUGGCUGCUGGUUUAUCCGGUGCAUUAAGCGGUAAUACAGAAGCUACAGCAGAAGUACAGGGACGAUUCAGGCGUGGCAGUGGAGACUGGAUGGUUUAUGGUAGCAGUCUGGGACGUACAAGUACGACCUUACCCAGCACAGGAGGCAAAGAAAGUCCAUCAGGAGCCACGCUCCCUGCAACAGGCCAACCAGAAACAGGGAGGUUCAACAGUAGAGGAAGUGGAGAGUGGGUAGGUUAUGGCGGCAGUCUUGGGCGUAAGAGCAGCCUGGAUGGUGGUAUUAGUGGAAAAGGCCCAUCAGUGGCCACAAGCCCACGAGAAACAGGGAGAUACAGAGGUAGAGGAAGUGGAGAGUGGGCGGUUUAUGGCGGCAGUCUUGGGCGUAAGAGCAGCUUGCCCAUAACAGGAAGUGAAGAAGUAAUCAUAGCCCCUGUAAUGAGUCCGCCAGACACGAGGAGGUACGGUAGCGGUGGGAGUGGAGAGCAAAUGGUUUACAGCGGCAGUCUUAAACGCAGCGAUAGCUUACCCAUCGCUGAGAGUAGAGAAAGACAGUCAGCGGCCAUGCACCUGCCAACGAGCCCGCCGGACACAGGGAGGUUUGGUAGCAGAGGGAGUGGAGAGUGGAGAGUCUACGGGGGGAGUACUGGACGUAUGAGUGGCGUCGCUGGCAGCGACAGCUUACCCAACGCAGACAUUCAACUACCAACAAGCCCACCAGGACCACCAAGAGCACGGAGGUUCGGCAGCGGCGAUAGUGGAGAGUGGAGAGUUUAUGGUGGCUGUAAUGCAGACAGGGUCAGUGCCGGCGGCAAUUAUGGUCAAGUCAUAAGUCCGCCAAGUAGCUACACAGGUAGUGGACCAAGAUGGAGUAGUGCUAGUAGUGGUGGCAGGCUGAGCUCAGGUAGUGUUGUUAGGCGCAGUAGCAGCGUAGGUAGCGGUGGUCUGUUGAGUAGCUCCGGUAGCGGCAGCAAGCUCAGCAGCUCAUCCAGGUCCAGCAGCUCUGGGAGAUUUGCUAGAACUGGCAGCGGCGAAUCAAAACCCGUCUACAGCUCAGCUAGCGGACGCAGGAGCACCGCGGGGAGUGCAGGGCGACCAGCUGGAGGAGGGACGACCGGCAGCCAAAGAGCCGCGAGCCCUGGGGGGAGGGUGAGUGUGGGGAGCGGCGGGUGGCUGAGCGGUUCAACAGCUGGCCGGAGCCCCGGGGGCGGGGCUAAACCCAGCAGUGCAGGUAGCAGCGACAGAAUCAGCAGCCAAACCGGUGGAAGGAUCAGCAGCUCCUCUGGGUCAGGGAGGACCAGUAGCACGAGGGGGAGGGUCAUCAGCAGCAGUGACCGGCCAAUCAGGAGCACCGGCAGCGGAGCCGGAAGCAACACGCAGAGAAUCAGUGUGUGUAAGAUGGCGGCGCUGUCGAUCUCUGCAGCGGGGAGGGAGAGAAGUCAGGACGGACAACGGCAACAACAACAACAACAACAACAACAACAACAACAACAGGCUGCAGCGUCUUCUCCUCUCGUCCAGCGCUGGCUGACCCAAGGUGUCGGGGUCACGAGUGGCGAACCCGACGGCCUCGAUGACAUCAUGCGUCUCUGAUUGGAUGACUGGGGAGGAACGGAGUGACAUCAUCAUCCUUUAAUAUUCAUCUUCCUCUGGAAUAUGUUCAUCUGUUUGUUUUAAAUGGAAUCAAUUGAUUAAAGUUAUAAUGAAUAAUACAAACAUUCAGGUGGAAAUCACAUCACAAACACUGUGUAGUUUAUUCAUAUUAUUAUUAAUAAUAUUAUUAAUAAUAAUAAUAAUAUUAAUAAUAGAUUUUAUUUGGUUUAAGCUUUACUGAUUAUUUUAAGAGACUCAUAAUCAGCUCUUCAGUUUCAUGUUCUCUUGUCUUAUUGUCUCUUUAAGUUGAACUUGUUUUAAUGGUGGGUAAUAUUAAUAACAGUUUUGGUAUCUCCGUGUCUGUUUCACCAUAUAAUCAAUAAUAUCAAUAAUCAAUAUUCAGCCUGUUCAGUUUAAACUUUAUAAACCUGUGGUCCUGUAGUUUCUGUUUCUCAUCACGGUUCUGUUUGAAACAUCUAAGCUGUACAUUAAUAUCUGCAAAUAAAGAUGAUCAAUAAACCCA